UACUUAGUGACUAGGAGCAGAGAGCCCGUUGCGCCUUGUUUUUUUGACCGGCCUAUCUUCUUUCUAUAAGCAAGCUCCCUCCGGCCGGUAGGUACCUGGACGGCUCUCGGUUCUUGAGCAUGUUGGGAGAUUAGGCGGCAGUUGAAAGAGCUGCUCGAAAGCUUUACGAACAAGCGAAAAGGCCCUUAACUGAAACUUAAAGGGCUUUUCUCUUUAUUCUUACUUAAGAAUAAAGUGUAGGGCGCUUUUCGAUGAAGAAAACAGACUUUAGGAAAGUGGUUCAGGUAGCUCAGCUGGUUAGAGCAAAGGACUGAAAAUCCUUGUGUCAGUGGUUCGAAUCCACUUCUAAGCGGGCGAAGGGUCCAAAAAGGAUGAGCGAGUUCGGUUCGAGUCUUGAUCGAUCGGGUAGAUCUAUAUGCUUCGGAGGGUGAAACGAGGUGUAGCGCAGUCUGGUCAGCGCAUCUGUUUUGGGUACAGAGGGCCAUAGGUUCGAAUCCUGUCACCUUGAUGUGAUGGGCUGAUGUGCACAGACCCGUAGGCUAUAAGGCUGACGAAAAAAAGCACAUUUUUCAUUAAUGGUAAAAGAUGAUUAGACUUCUUUCUUAACUUUCUAGGGCUCUCGGUGUUUGUGACUUAUUUCUUUGGUCGAGCCUUCUUCGGACGUCGAUCAAUCUAUCACUCGCCGCUCUGUCAUUGUCUGAUUUUUGGUUGUUUGAUCACACUCGAAAUUAUGUAUUUACUUAUCGUCUUUUUGCCCUUGCUUGGUAGUUCCGUAGCUGGUUUUUUCGGACGUUUUCUAGGAUCAGAAGUAUUGGGUUUUCUAUCGGGUAAAACUCUGAUUUUACUUUUAUUAGUCUUUUUUUUCUUUUGUUUUCUCUUUAGAAUUGACUCUCAUAGGUUAAGGGUUCGGUAUGGUAAAGGGCUCUUUUUCGCGGUUUACUUGUUUCUAUUUAUUGUCGGAGGUAUAAUUCUUUUUUGUGGGCGGAUAUACUUACAUGCUACCUUUGCGAUGUGCCUCUGCUCCUUCUUGGGGGUCUUGGGGGUUCUAGGGCAGCCGCUUCCUCUUCCUUCCCCCCCUAACUCGCCAGGGGAGGAUUAUUCUACCAUGAUGGCGGAAAAUCCAAAUCUAGAGUCCCUCUUUCCCGAAAGGGAGGCUUCUGCCCAAGCCCCUGUGGCUGCCCCUGCCCAAGCCCCGGAGCAUUUGCCGGCUAGUUCGGGGGGAGUGCCCGGGGGGUCCAGUACACCACCGGGACCCUUGGGGGAUCCAUCUUUUGUUCCUGACGAUGCCGAUGGGCAGCCAGGUGGUCCAUCAGGGGAGGAAAGACUACGGAAGAGGCCCCGGCACGGGCCCGAAACUCCAUUUCCGGAAGAUUUCGCCUGCUCUCCAAGGGCCCGAGCCCUAAAGGGGGAAAUUGUUUCAUUGAUGCAACAAUUUCUUCAGGAGCAGGGGAUCCCCGUGGAGGAUCCUCACAAUAUGGAGAGGGCUGUCGACUCCUAUUUUGCAGGGGCUGAGGAAGAAAAUAGGUUAUAUUUUCUAAAAAAAAGCCGAGAAGAGGGGCGGGAGAAAAGCCGAAUCUAUUCAAACCUAUGCAGGGAGCUCUCGACAGUAAUGUCUCUCUUAGAUUCUCUGGUGGAAAUACGGGAAAACUCCAUUCAAUUCUCGAUGGAAACGGAGUUUUGCGAAUUCUCCCCGGAACUAGAAGAUCAUUUUGAGAUCUUCGAACAUAUUCGAGGGUUCAAUGUAACUAUUGUCACUUCAGCCAACACACAAGAUGAGACUUUACUACCGUGGAGCGGCUUUUUGCAAAAAGAUGAGGGUCAGUAAGAUGCCGGAAAAUCGAAAUAUACGAGAUCACAAACGUGGAUUGCUCGCAGCUAAAACAAAAAAGACGUUAGAAAGCUUUUUGUAAAGAUCCCGAUACCGGUUUUUCCGGCUCCGUGACCGAAAAAACCUAACAUACUAGUAACAGACCGAAAAGGUUUGUGAGGUUCCUGCUAGAGUGACUCUCACUCUAGUGGGGAGAAGGCAGGUGGGAACGAGCGGAGCGAGAGCAAGUUCCAGUGGCGGGCUGUCUUCAUGGUUCCCA